GCAGUCACACCGCCGGCGAUCGCCGUUUGCGCAGAUCAGAAUCUCCACCCAUCACGCCAAACCCAGCGCGCGUCUCAGUUACCUUGCCAGUGGUCUGGCCUACAAUCGAACAGCAGCAGCACCUACUUUCUGCUGCCAAGCUGGCGCAGGCGAGCUUCGAGCGACUCUGACCCUGUAGACGCUGUGGUUGGGUCAGAAUGAGUGCGCAAAGGAGAGGUGGCAAGGGGCAGUCGGCCAAGCUGCCUGGCAAGAAGAAGGAGACGGGGCCUCUGAGCAAGUUUGGCAGCUUCUUCAAGUUCUUGUACCGCAUAGAAACAGAUCCCAGCGUGCUCUUUGCCAAGAAGCGGCCCCCGCCGUGCCCACGAUCUGUUUACUUCAACGAACCGCUGCCUUCGGAGGCGUUCGACAAGAAGAACAAGCCACUCAAGGGCAAGAAUGGCCAGCAUAACUGGACCUACUCCACUAAUCAGGUCAUCACUGCCAAGUACAAUGUUUUCAAUUUCAUCUUCAAAAACUUGUUUGAGCAGUUCCGUCGAAUUGCCAAUCUCUUCUUCCUGCUGGUCGUCAUUUUGCAAUUCUUUCCCAAAUUUGCAACAAUCAGUCCGGGCGUCGCCAUGCUUCCCUUGCUAGCUGUACUUGCAUUCACGGCGCUGAAAGAUGGAUACGAAGACAUCAAGCGUCACCAAUCAGAUCGCAGUAUCAACAGAGCCCGCGUGAGAGUGCUCAAAGGUGGAGGAUGGACCAACCCGAACGUGAUGGAAGCCAAAGAGAAGAGCGUCUCGUCCGCAUGGAAGGUCUUCUAUGAUGGAUGGCUAGGCGGCAAAGCUCGACAAAGUAAAAAGCUGGCUGAACAAGAAGCCGCGCGAUCAGCGCAACCAGCUGCGAACGGUGCCGAACCUUCCGCACCUCCAGCCGACGCUCCUGGUGGCGGUGCCGCCCCGGAGCCACUGUCGACGACUGGAGCGGGGACUGGUCGCAACGAGUCAUCGCUUGACCUUCCUGCUCAACGACCUUUGCACCAAAGAGCGAUGACGUCUGCCAGCUCAUUGGGCCUUCAAGGUGGCUCGCAUGUUCGAAGACAGACGUCUAUCGGAGUCAGCGCCUUCGACAGUCAGUACGAAACGGGACCUGACGGCAGGGUCAGGUACCAAGGCAGGGUGCUGACGGAGAAAGAAGAGGCCGAAUUCUACGCGAAGAAGGCUCCGCGCUGGAAGAAGCAGAUGUGGGAGGACCUGGCCGUUGGUGACUUUGUCCUGCUGAAGAACAACGAGGCCAUUCCGGCAGACAUUGUGAUUUGCUCGACCAGCGAGGAGGAGGAUGCGUGCUUUGUUGAGACGAAAAACCUGGAUGGGGAGACCAACCUCAAGUCGCGCCACGCUGUUCCGGAGCUUGCUCAGACCCUGCGCACCGCCCAAGACUGUGCUCGCGCGCUUAUGCGCGUCGAUGGCGAGCCUCUCGACACGAACAUGUACCGGCUCAAUGGCUCAGUGGUGCUUGGCGACCGUUUCGAUCGCGAUGGACAACCUUUGCGCUGCCCAGUCACGCUCAACCAGUGCCUGCUGCGCGGCACUGUCUUGAGAAACACUUCUUGGGUUAUCGGUGUCGUCCUCAUGACCGGCUUCGACACGAAGAUCAUCGCGAACUCGGGCAACACACCAAGCAAGCGUGGCAAAGUCGAGAGGCAAAUGGAGCCGAUGGUAUUUGCAAAUUUGGGUCUGCUGGCUAUCAUUGCCAUUGCCUGCGCGAUCGCAGACGCUCGUAUCGAGAAUUACUUCUUCGAUCGCGCAGCUUAUUGGGAAUACCUUGCCAUCUUUAGCGACGACAAUCCUGACCUCAAUGGUCUCGCUACAUUUGGUAACGCCCUCAUCACCUUCCAGAACAUUGUGCCGAUCUCGCUCUACAUUUCCAUCGAGGUUGUGCGCACGUUGCAAGCGUACUUCAUCUACGAUGAUGCGGAUAUCUACUACGAGCCGACUCUUCGACGCACGACUGCGAAGUCUUGGAACUUGUCGGACGAUCUUGGCCAGAUCCAGUACGUCUUUUCUGACAAGACCGGCACGCUCACUCAAAAUUUGAUGAUCUUCCGAGGCUUCGCCGUCGGUGGCAUCACUUAUCAUGGCGAUGCGCCUAGCGCUGCUGAAACGGAUCGGUCGGACAGCGUCGCCGAAAAGGAGAAGGAACUCAAAGCAAGUGAUUCAAGUGACUCUUCGACUUCUCAGCUCGAUCCCAAACGCAAGCGCGUCAAGCCACGGAAUGAGGGGGUUCCGCCAUUCCGUGACAGCAAGUUGAAGGAGGUUUUGCAGGAUGAACACAGCGAGCAAGCGCAGCUUCAAGGUCUAUUCUGGCGUUGCUUGGCUCUUUGCCACACUGUCCUCACGUCAGAAGACCCCGAGACCGGCGUGCUUGAGUACAAGGCACAGAGCCCGGACGAGCAAGCUUUGGUCCAAGCGGCUGCCGAGGUUGGCUUCGUCUUCGUAGGCAAGGAUCGCAACACGCUUACCAUCCAGACGCCUUGGUCCCUCGACCUGGAGCAAUACGAGCUGCUGACUGUGCUAGAAUUCUCAUCGGCAAGAAAGAGAAUGAGUGUGAUUCUACGCCGCCACUCUGACAAUGCCAUCCUUCUCUUCACGAAGGGAGCAGACAGCGUUAUUUUUGAGCGCGCGCGAGAGGGUCAGGAAGCCAUCAAGGCCAACACCGACACUUCGCUGGAAGAGUUCGCAAAUAAUGGCCUGCGCACGCUUUGCCUUGGGUAUAAACAAAUCAGUCAGCACGACUAUGAAGAGUGGGCACACCUCUACCAUGACGCGUCCGUCGCUCUCGAGCGGCGAGAAGAGCGAAUGGAAGAAUUGGCCUCGGAAUUUGAGCGCGAUUUGGAGCUCCUAGGAGCCACAGCUAUCGAGGACAAGCUUCAAGACGGGGUACCCCAGACAAUCGCUGACUUGAAGCGAGCAGGAAUCAACGUCUGGGUAGCUACUGGAGACAAGCUGGAGACCGCCAUCGCGAUCGGCUACUCCACUAUGCUCUUGUCAAAAGACAUGAAUCUCAUCGUCGUGCGAGGUGGAGAAUAUGGACAGCCGAACUCUGCUUACGAUCAAAUGAGGCGGGCAAUCGAGCGCUUCUUCGGCGGCAAGGAAGCUUUGCAGUCAAUGACGACUCGGCCGCCUGGCGAGGAGGAGGAGGGUGCUAGCCAGCACAGCAGGCGCUCCUCUCGAAUCAGUAAUGCUCGGCCGUCCUUCCAGAGCCGACGCAGCCAGGUCUCCCUCGUUGGCGAGGACAAUGGUCAACGUCAAGGCGGCUUCGCCCUCGUCAUCGAUGGCGCCGCGCUAGGUCACGCCCUCUCUGAAGAAUUCAGCAAGGAGCUGCUUCUGAAGCUGUCCACGCAGUGCAAGGCCGUCAUUUGCUGUCGUGUGUCGCCUUUGCAGAAGGCGCUGAUCGUUAGACUGGUCAAGGACGGUCUUAAAGUGAUGACACUUGCGAUUGGCGAUGGCGCAAACGAUGUGUCGAUGAUUCAGGCCGCCCACGUUGGCGUGGGCAUUGCAGGAGAAGAGGGACUGCAAGCUGUUAACAGCUCGGAUUACGCCAUCGCGCAGUUCAGGUUCUUAAAACGCUUGUUGCUUGUGCAUGGGCAUCAGUCGUACUACCGCAAUGGUACUCUGAUCUGCAACUUUUUCUACAAGAACAUUGUCAACAUUGGUUACCUGUUCUGGUUCCAAAUCUACUGUGCUUGGUCAACAACUCAAGCCGUCGACUACGUGUACCUGCUAUUCUGGAACGCAGUCUGGACAGUGGCCCUGGUCAUCGCUAUGGGUGUCUUCGACCGACCGAUAUCUGACCGCGUUCUGAUGGAGGUGCCAGAACUGUACAAGCGCAGUCGUGUAGGAGGCUACUUCGGAUUCAAGCGUUUUGCGCUCUUCCUGCUGGACGCCACCUACCAAUCUGUGGUUCUGUUCUUCUUUGUCACCUAUACCUACGACACGACCACUGCGCGCACAGACGGCUACGACAUUCAGCUGUACGAAUUCACAACGACGAUGGCGCAAGCCUCAGUCCUUGCAGCAAACUUCUACACCAUACUUUGGUCCAAUGCCUGGACUUGGUGGCUUGUAUGUGCUGCGUGGUUUGGGCCGGUCAUCUUCUUUGUCUUCGCACCCAUCUACGCCGCACUGCCUCCCACGCUCAACUGGUCAUACUCUUACGGCAACAACCACUAUCUGUACUACUCAGCCUACUAUUGGUUUGCUGGCUUCCUCACCGUCUUCCUCUGCAUUAUCCCUCGAAUCAUCUUGCGGCAUGUUCGCGAGGUCUAUUACCCUCACGACAUGCAAGUUUUGCGAGCGAUCGACAAGUACGAUCCGAAGCACGACUACAUUCACGAUCCGGGAAUGCCCGCCAGGCGUGCUGCAGAGGAGUACGGCGUCGCAUUGCCCGAAGCUGCUCCUCACUCGGCCGCGUACGGCGGUCAAGGCGAUGUGGAAGCAUCUUAUCCCAUGCACGCCCUUCAGCCUACUCAGAGCCGCGCCUCGAGCACGCAUUACGAUAUGCUGACCGGCGAGCAGAGACCAGGGCGCGGCUACGGCUUCUCAGCUUCAGAUCCGGAACCGCGGAGCAAGCCCAAACGCAAGCUUACGCUCAAGGAGCGUCUGAUUCCCGGUUCCGUUAGGAGACGGAAGGAACGAAGGGCACUGGGAACCAUUCAGGCCGAGCGCGAGGAUGGUCUGGAGGAGGAGGAAAGACAAGAUGUAGAUGAGUCGGGUGUACCUGCCGAUAGGAGGGCGCAGGGUCCUGGGCCCGAAGACGACGACGAAGCGCACUUGGACCCGCAAGACGACACGCAGACGACUCCUGCGACACAACCCGCCAGAUAAACAGGCUGAAGGUGGACAAUUCUUGCGUCUCAUCCCGAAAUUUAGUCCUUUGACCUCCCAACCUUCCUUUUUUGCAG